GCUUUGGGGUUUUUAAUUUAGUCUCGCUCUGUGAUCGAAAGCAAAAGCACUUGUCCUUCGCCAAGGACAAGUGCCAGCCUGUGCCCGUGCAAAGGGCCGGCGCCACCGUGCCCCCCGAGGCGGAGAGUCUGGAGCGAGGCGUGCUCUGAACUACGCCUCCCGGCAGCCCGUGCUGCUGGAGGAAGUGGUCACGGUGAUUCCUCCUGGACUUCGAGCAGGGCUUUUGACCCCCGGGAAGGGACAGGUCGCUGAGGCUGGUGUCUCACGCCGUUGCGGCGCCUCUCCGCAGAGAAGGGCCGCAGCUCUCCGCCCCGCCGAGCUGGCAUGGCGGCGCGGGUGUCCGUCCUGCCUUCCCGCAGGUGCCUGUUCGAUGACCCUGUGCAGAUCCGUGUGGCCGGUCUGCAGCCGCGGCAGGCGGUCACCCUCCGAGCCAGCCUGGUGGACGAGACCGGGGAGCUUUUCCAAGCCCACGCUCUCUACAGGGCUGGGAGCAGCGGGGAGCUGGACCUCAGCCGCUCCCCAGCGCUGGGGGGCAGCUAUUUGGGAGUGGAGCCGAUGGGGCUGCUCUGGACUCUGCAGUCCAAAACGCCCUAUAAGCGGCUGGCAAAGAGGAACGUGCUGACCCCUUUCUGUGUGGACUUGGAAGUGUUUGAGGGCCAUGGGGACAUGAGCCGCUUGCUGGGUAAAUGCACCAAUGAACGAUGGUUUCUAGCAGAAGGGGUGAAGAGGAUUUCGGUCAGAGAAGGUCGUCUCAGAGCAACCCUCUUCCUCCCUCCUGGACCUGGCCCAUUCCCUGGACUUAUUGAUUUGUAUGGAUCUGGAGGAGGUCUUAUUGAAUACAGAGCAAGUCUCUUGGCUAGCAGAGGCUUCGUGACUCUGGCUCUUGCUUACGUGUCCUUUGAAGAUAUCCCUGCUCUGCCAGAGAUUCUUGAACUGAGCUAUUUUGAGGAGGCUGUGAACUUUUUGCAGAAGCAGAAGCAGGUGAAAGAUACUGGGAUUGGUGUUUUGGGCUUGUCUAAAGGAGGUGAGCUAGCCCUUUCCAUGGCCACAUUUCUACCUGGCAUCAAGGCAGCUGUCAGCAUAUCUGGAAGUAGUUUUAAUUCCUUCGUUCCCCUGAAGGGGGAUGGCUUCACUAUUCCUGUCCACCCGUAUGACUUGAGGAGGAUGAAACUCAAUGAUGAGUCUGGAGCUGUAGAUUUUUUAGAUGUCGUAGACGAUCACACAGACCCAGCAACUUGGGAUUGUCGCAUUCCUGUGGAGAGGUCCUCAGCCAAGUUCCUCUUCCUGUCUGGUCUGGAUGACUUGAACUGGAAAAGUGACCUCUAUUGCCGGGAUGCUGUUGAGCGCCUUCAGCAGCACGGCCGGGAAGUGGAGUUUUACUCCUAUUCUGGAGCAGGCCACCUCUUGGAGCCGCCGUACUUGCCCCUGUGUAAAGUUUCCAUCCACAGGGUGCUUGGGAUGAUGGUGCGUUGGGGAGGGCACUGGAGAGAGCAUGCUAAAGCCCAAGAAGAUGCAUGGCGCCGGAUACAGGCCUUUUUCUGGCAACAUUUGAUGGACUCAGACACCCCUAAGAGCAAGCUGUAGUGGAAGCUGUCAUAGAUGCUGGCCAGGGAUGGUAUUUCAGCACUCACUGCAUCUUGGAAACUCACCAGAAGUUUCCUGGACUGCCUUCCUCUAAACCUCACUGUUGCAUAGUUGUUUAUUUUCAUUCCUCAAGUAAUUUACCAUUUUUUAGUUGAAUUUCAGUUGACUUCUGGCCCCAGCUUCACAGUGGAUUGGCACCAUCUAGUCUGUCUCUGUGCUGUAGUCUAAAAACCACCCAGCAUCCCGUCAUCUAAAUCUCAUUUGUCCUGAGCUAUCUUUGCUCUCAGUCUGCAACCAUCUCCUUCCAUAAGAGGAAAUACUCUCACAGGGGGAGUUUUCCAUCGAAUGGUUUAGUCUUGCACCUUUAACUAACCUACAUAUAAACAACAAUUUUGUUGGACAACACAUUAGCACACUCAUCUUUCCUCCUGGUAGAUUGUUUUCUCCCAUUUUGUAGUAACAAGGUUGCAGUAGUUCUGAUCUCAGCUAAGGGAAGAGGCACUCUUCUGGCUUAAUCUGAAGUGCAGUGAUAACAUUCUUUUUUCUGGUACCUCAAAGUGAAGUAAAGAAGUGAAUCUUAUGCAGGUUACCCUGGUUGUGUCUCCUGCUCACUCCACAGAAGUUCCAUAUUAAGGUAAAGUUUUCACUGCACUACUCAGUGAGUGCAAUGUGCAAUGUGUCUGUGUACGCACAGUUUGCUUGAGAUUUGAUUAUUUGAAUGAAACCUUCAACCAUCUGUGCACCUGUCAAUACAUUAAGGAACAAUCCUGGUGUAGCCACAAGCUGUUACUUCACUUGAUUGAAGGGGUCAUGAGCAGAAGUCCUCACCUCCUGUUGGGAAGAGAGGUGAUGGAAUCUGUGGAUUUGCACAGUGUUCAAGAUGGGGGUGAUACAGAUGUGCCAAGUCCUUGCUCUCAUAUGGUGAAAGUUAGCUUGUCUCCGUUUUGGGGAAGAACAGUAAAGCCACUGCUGCUGAGUUACCAGGAGCCCAGUGAGGUGGGCUGUCUCAGUGGUCUUGUCAUUUUCUGCCACUCCAGCAGACAGCUCUGGGCUCAGUGACAGCUAAGAAAUGCCGCUCUUCAAGAGAGGACUGACCUCACCUUCUGGGAAGAACGUGCAUUUUCUGACCCUUUACCAUUGUCCAAACCUGCUAAGGGGGCUGUAAUCUACCUUGUGCUUUUGUGGGGUAGUGGUAAACAGCAGCUAUAUAUCAAGUGGCAUCAGUGGAGCAAAUUUUCCGUCCUAGAGCAGUCAAGACUCACACCCUGACUAUAGAAGCAAGCAGGAGCUAGAAGUCUCUGCAUUGCACCGAGACAGAAAAAUCUUGCCUUUGACAGCGUAGUCCCUGGUUUCCAGUUCCUGCUGAGACAAAAGCCCUGUAGGAGCCUGGAUCCUGCUGAGGGAGAAACUGUGCCCUUGUUUUUCUUGCUUCAGGGAGCAGUGGUUACUCAAAAUAAGCACACUGGGCCUCAGAGGGCUGGAGACUCUCUCAUACAAUAUAUUCAAGACAGACUGUCCCUUCAGGUACUUCUGGUUUUCCUGAACCCCCUAUUCCUCAGACUGGUAGAUGGGUACCACCUAGGUGAAGGUGCGAGUAGUUAGAGUGGGGACAUCUGCUCACCCAUACCCAUCAUCAAGUUUUGUGCUGUUGCCUCUUACUUGAUUUGUUUGUCCCUUAUGUGCCUGUCGAUGUGGUCAUUCCAGAUGUUUAGCAAGUGGGUAGGACCGGCAGCAGAGCAACAUAACAACAAGUAAGUCAAACACAUUUAAGCACUUUCAUCUGAGUAAGGGACAUUGUCUUUUCCCUCAUUUUUCUGUUUUAUUGAAGCAGUCAAAAAACCCUGGGCUGCUGAUCCACAUUUUUUUCAGACUCAGGGCCUUAGGCUGCAAGUUUCUCUGUGGUAUGAGUAAUUAUGUUCUUUUAUUUUGACUGAACAUGGUGAGGUUUAUACAAGACAGUGUGUUGUUUUCCAGCCUGUGGGAUAACUCCCAUCUAUUUUAAUCCCUUCUGAGGGGAAACUGAGCUUUCCCAGCCUACAGUGGGCAGUUUACAGAUCUAUACUUUGAAUUACAAAAUUAUGACCUUCUGAGAAAACAUAUUAAUAUCGGAAGCUACCAUUACAAAUAAAAAUACUUUCCGUCAGUAAAUCAACAUUGUGAUCAGUGAUGCUUUUGCCCAUUUGUUAUGUUGUCACAUUUGGCAGUCAGAUUCACAAAAAGCAGAAAAUAGAGGAUGAAGGGAGCUGACUGGUGACUCCAUUGAUCACAACAGCACACAGGACCUCUUUCUUUUGUUGCUCUGGAAUGAAAGCUUUGCUACCCACUUAAAAGCCCUUUAUUUAUCGCUUGGAUGGCAUCUGACAAGAAAGACUGAAAAAGCUGAUUUAGCUGAGCAGCUCUGUGCCACAUACAGGAAAAUAUUCAGGGCAACUCAGUUGCACUGGGAAUACUUUUAAAGUUAAACUCAAAUUUGAAACUUACCUUCAGGAAAUAGAAGCUGGAAACCGGUGCCAGACUAAUAUAAAAUAUAUGGCUUAAUUUCAGUAAAACAUUUCUGCCUACUCUUAAGCAUGUUCUUCAGCAUUUUGUUGAAGACUUCGACUACUUAAUAUUUCUUCUGCUGAAGAGAUGAUUUAGACCAGUAGGGUCAUGGUUUUUUUCAAGACAGUAUUUUACUAAUUGCAGGCUGAGUCAGAGUGCUUUAUACAGUCUUUCUAGGCCGCUGAAUAUAGACAACAUUAUUCAAGAACAAUGUGAAAGUUAUUACUUAAUUAAAGAUAACAGACCUUUCGCUGCAAGAGAUCCUGUGCGCAACUGAUAAAUCUAAUAAAAAUUGGAUGGGAAAAUCUGUUCUUGUAAUCUGCUUGUAAUUGAAAGGUGCUUCAGAUAAAAUAGAGUAUCAAAGGACUAGCUUGAGCUGAAAGAUCUCGUCUUGAUUCUUAGUCACCCACUGUUUAGCACUCUGCUCUGCAUUUCUGUUUUGAGAAUAAGAAUAGCUUGUGACAAGCCUCUUAAGAACUGAGAAUCUCCCCACAUGUAAGCUGCUAUGAGGAGCAGUAUGUCUUGCAAUGCUUUUUUAGGGCAGGAUGAUUUCCCUAGCUACCAUGGAAUGAGGCAACAAUGGAGAGUGAUGAUUUGCCCAAUACAUUCUUAAAAUUUUCCACCUUUGCAUUGAAAACUGACCCUGAAGCACUUUGAUACACACACUCUAGCUUGGAGGGAACUGCAGAAUGAAAGUAGUCAAAAUGCCUUUAUUAGCAAAAAGUGAACCACAGGUGCAAAAGAGGUGAAACAUCUUUGAUAAAGUGGCUGUCUCUGCAGAAGUAGUGGGUAUUUGAAGCUUCAGUGGAAUUUUAAUAAGGACUAUGCUGAGCAAGAAAAUUUCAAUGCAAAUAGGCUCCUCUAAGCCUAGGAGCUUCUUCAGGUGAGGGAGUAUCACCUCUUCAAACGAGGUUGUUUCAUGGCCACAGAAGAGGAGGAAUGAAGUGAAAGAUGAGAUUAUAUGUUGUGUGGUGUAAUUUAGAAAUCACUUUUCUCAGUUUCUGUUCCCUGUGUGUGUUUGAAAGUCUAAAGAUUUUUUUGUUGUUGUUUUAAAUUCAAAACUUAGUCAGUUCUUUAAUACAUGACCAGAUAAUUUCUUAUCAAGCUGUGGGAGAAGACCAGUGGUGUUUAGUGACAAAAUACAAACAAUAAAUUUUUUUUCUAUUUCAGUAUUUUGCUAAAAACAAACAAACAAAAAAAAAACCAAAAAACCCCCACAAAAUUAGAAUUCUGCCAUUUCAGAAAAAAAAAAAAAUCGCUAUUCUACACUUUUUAGUGCUAUGUACAUGUUAUUCAGAAAUGGAAUCUGAGCCAAAUGUGGUAUAAAGCACAGAGAAAGUGAUGCUUUUUUAAGUUUGGGGAGAAGAUUGCAGCAUGCACUGCAAAAUAUCCCUGCUAUUUUUCAUUGUUGAGGAAAAAAAUUAAAUGCUAAGUCUUAAAAAUUUGUCUGUGCAAGAUUUGCAUUAAACCUAAAAAUGUCUGUAUCCUGACUCUGGAUAACACUUAGAGAAAAAUAAUUAAAUUAGUUACAUUCUAUUUAUUUAGGAUUGUAUCUUUUCAAUUACUUUAGCUACUGAACUUUCAACAUUUUGUGUUUAGACUGGGAAUUUAUAAACAUAAAUUAAAAUCACUUCGGUGAAAGGUGUGGUUUUGUUUUGUUUUCUUUUAACUCUUAAAAGAGUACCUUGCUGCACAGAGAGACAGUCAUGCUUUUUUUUCUGGUUAGUGAUCUAACUAAGAGGUAAUCCAGUGGAAAACAAAACAGAACAAAAAAACCAGAUUAAAAUGUUCUGCUGCAUCAAAGAAGGAAACAGCAGGAACAUGCAUGGGGUUGUCAGGAGAAGCAGAGGUGAGCGAUACCGUGCCAAGAUAAGUAAGAAUCUAGUACAGUUUUUGGUUAUGUUUGUAAUCACUAGUCCAGCUGAUUCUAAAUCGUGAAUCCGUUUCUGUGUCCAGUGAAGUGAGUGCUUGGUGGCUCACUGUGUGCUGCCCCUGUUUACAGUGGAUCUGGUCCUGAAGGAGUGAUGUGUUUGACUGUGGAUACAAAAUUGUGAAAUAUGGAUGUCAGAUGAGAGAUGAGCUGGAGAGAUGGCUCAAAGGAAAUGUCCUGGAUAGGAACAGAGCCUGUGCAUAUCUCUGCUUUCAUCUAGAAGAGGAAGUUUAAAUGCACUGCUAUCAUUUUAAUAUGCUAUGAAUUCAGCAAGGUAGUUUUGAAUCAAUAAUCCUGUGCCAUCCACAAGAGUCUGUCCCUGGACAGUGUUACUCUGACAUUCUCGAACAUCCAGUAGUAACUCAAAAUGGAUUGUUUUUGGCUGCACAGUGCUCUGACUCCAGUCCUUCUCCCAUGUCUGGGUUAUUUCAGAUCAGAGAUAUGUCUUCUUGAUGCAGGAAAACUACUUUGAUACCUAAUGACAUCACUACUGUUGUAGUGGAAGGAAAUGAGGCCGGUGGCCUGUACUUUUUGGUGGAAAUACCACAUUGAAUCACUAAGAGGCUCAGCACUUACUGCUUUCAUGGCGUUACACUCCAUGUAAAGCUGAGACCUCCUAGGCUCCACAUAGAUCAGCAAUGUGCAGGGGCAAUUCUGCUCUUUCAAGCCUUCUGGGGAAUCUUGUUCUUUCUAUGGCUGUCUUCCCUCACCUGAGGAUAUAAUGUCUGCUUUCUUUUUUUCCUCUAUCUUUAACAGUUUUGCUUUUGUCCCACUGACACAAACCAGACCAUUCCAAUUCCAGGGCACCCAAAAUCAAAAUUGUAACCCAGCUAGACAAAUCAAAAAUUAACCAAAAUAGAGGUAUGAAUUGUACAUAAGUUGUGCAUACAAAGAAAAGAAAAAAAGAAAGUGUACAUUCAAGGAGUAUCAAUUUUUCAAUUUCUCCCCCUCAUAAAGGGAAGUAUGUGAGUGUGUGGGCACAUGUCUGUUGG